GUUAGACCACAUAAUUUUUCUAAGCACCAUCAAAUACUUCGGCGUUAGCUGUUGAAAGACCAAAACGAUAUUUUGCUAGUGAGUGAAAAGGGAAUACAAAGGUACAGCAGAGGCGGCUUAAGACCUACCAUGAAACUCAACCUUUCCUUGUUGGUAACUCUGCUGAUGGCGGAUACCGUUUGGAGUCAAUGCAGAACAGCAAAUUGGCGGAGAUCAUUUGACAAAAAAGGAUGGUCAAAAUGUGGCGCUACUACAGAGUACUUGACCGGUUUUUACAGAAAUAACAAACGUAAUGACGACCCAAUUUUUCUACUGGAGGAAGGAAAGUGCUGUAAGGCUCCCGCGCCAAAUCAAAAUCAAGCAUCAACUUGCAAAGAUGCAAACUGGUGGAGGGUGUUGGACAGCAACAACCGCUGGGCCCUUUGUCCAAAUGGUUAUUUCUUGCAAGGAUUAUACCGCAACACUGGAAAUUCUCUUCGUCACAUCGAGGAAGGCCGUUGCUGUAAGCCCAGCAACUUGCCCGGUAGUUAUCUCCGCUGUUAUGACCAGGAUGUCGGGAAAUCCUUCGACAACAAAGGCUGGAGCAACUGUGAUAGCGAAUAUUAUAUGGCAGGUUUCUACAAGGGAGGUUGCGAUAAACUGUACUGCAUCGAAAAGUUCAAAUGUUGCAUGAUGUACGACGGGUGCAAGUUUGCAAACUGGUGGGGAGCCUUUGACAAGAAAGGCUGGGUUCAGUGCGACUCGUCAAAGCAUUAUAUUACUGGGCUUUGGAGGAAUAAUAAUAGAGGAUCAAACGACAAGAUCUCUUUACUGGAGGAGGCAAAAUGUUGCCCAGCUCCUUCGCCAAAUCAGAACACGGCAUCGAAGUGUAAAACAGCCAAUUGGUGGGGAGUUCUCGAUAAAACGAACUCAUGGGCUGUUUGUCCAAAUGGUUACUUUGUCCAAGGUUUCUAUCGGGGCAGUGGCGCUUGGUUACAUAACAUCGAAGAAGCUAAAUGCUGUAAACCGAAUACAUUUCCAGAUCGAUAUGAGCACUGCUAUAACGAGAAUAUCUUAUCUUCGUUUGACAAUAAAGGACUAAGCAAAUGCAAGCGAGGGGGUUACUAUAUCGCUGGAAUCUACAGAGGAGGCUGUGAUAGACUCUAUUGUAUUGAGACGUUGAAAUGUUGCAAGAUGAAUGUAGAUGAGUGCAAAAUUUCGAGCCCGUGUAAAAACGGUGGAGUUUGUUCUGAUCGAGCCGGGAGUUAUCUCUGUAGCUGUAAAUCCGGAUACCAUGGAAACAACUGUCAAAACGAUGUAAAUGAGUGUACCAACAGCCCAUGCAAGAACGGAGCUACCUGUGUCAAUCUUAAGGGAAGUUACCGCUGUGAUUGUAAGACCGGAUAUACUGGAAAUAACUGUGAAACAAAUAUAAACGAGUGUAGCAACAAUCCCUGCAAGAACGGAGCCACCUGUGUGGAUCUUGUUGGAAGUUACCGCUGUGAUUGCAAAACAGGAUAAUAUGGGAACAACUGUAAAAC